AAUGAGCGGCACUUUGCACUUUCUGUCAGUCCAGCGCUCCUGUAGGAGGAGGAGAGAGAGCUCAGUGAGAGGGGAGAGAGAGCGAGAUUUAACAGGUGUCUCCCCGAAUCCAGAAGGAUGGAUAACGCGCACACGAAGGAGCCGGCUGAAUGCCUGGCGUAUUUCGGGGUGAACGAAAACACGGGCCUCAGCCCCGACCAGGUCAAGAAGAGCCUGGCCAAGUACGGCUACAACGAGCUUCCAGCUGAGGAAGGAAAGAGCAUCUGGGAGUUGGUUAUUGAGCAGUUUGAAGAUCUUUUGGUCAGAAUUCUGCUGCUGGCAGCCUGCAUUUCAUUUGUGCUGGCCUGGUUUGAGGAAGGUGAGGAAACCGUCACCGCCUUCGUGGAGCCCUUUGUCAUCCUCCUCAUCCUCAUCGCCAAUGCAGUGGUGGGAGUCUGGCAGGAGCGCAAUGCAGAGAGCGCCAUUGAGGCCCUGAAGGAGUACGAGCCUGAGAUGGGCAAGGUGUACCGUGCAGACAGGAAGAGCGUGCAGAGGAUCAAGGCCAGAGAGAUCGUGCCCGGAGACAUCGUUGAGGUGUCCGUUGGUGACAAAGUCCCUGCAGACAUCAGAAUUACCUCCAUCCGUUCCACCACCCUGCGUGUUGAUCAGUCCAUCCUAACCGGUGAGUCUGUCAGUGUGAUCAAACACACUGAACCCGUCCCUGACCCCAGAGCUGUCAACCAGGACAAGAAAAACAUGCUCUUCUCUGGCACCAACAUCGCUGCUGGCAAAGCCAUUGGUGUUGCCAUCGCCACUGGUGUCUCCACCGAAAUUGGCAAGAUCCGUGACCAGAUGGCUGCCACAGAACAGGAGAAGACACCACUGCAGCAGAAGCUGGACGAGUUUGGCGAGCAGCUGUCUAAGGUCAUUUCGCUUAUUUGCGUGGCUGUGUGGAUGAUCAACAUUGGCCACUUCAAUGACCCAGUCCACGGUGGCUCCUGGAUCCGCGGCGCCGUCUACUAUUUCAAGAUUGCCGUGGCUCUGGCUGUGGCUGCCAUCCCAGAAGGUUUGCCUGCUGUCAUCACCACCUGCCUGGCGCUGGGAACCCGCCGUAUGGCCAAGAAGAAUGCCAUCGUGCGCAGCUUGCCAUCUGUCGAGACCCUGGGCUGCACCUCUGUCAUCUGCUCGGACAAGACAGGCACCCUCACCACCAACCAGAUGUGUGUAACCAAGAUGUUCAUCAUUGACAAAGUGGAGGGUGAUCACGUGUCCCUGGAAGACUUCAACAUCUCAGGCUCCAAGUACACACCCGAAGGAGAAGUCACCAAGGGUAGUGGCAAGGUGAACUGCAGUAUGUACGAUGGGUUGGUUGAGCUGGCUACUAUCUGUGCCCUGUGCAACGACUCUUCUCUGGACUACAACGAGUCCAAGGGGAUCUACGAGAAGGUGGGUGAGGCCACUGAGACUGCCCUGUGCUGCCUGGUAGAGAAGAUGAACGUGUUUGGCACUGAUGUGCGCAACCUGUCAAAGGUGGAAAGGGCCAACGCCUGCUGCACUGUGAUCAAGCAGCUGAUGAAGAAGGAAUUCACACUAGAGUUCUCCCGUGACAGGAAGUCUAUGUCUGUCUAUUGCUCCCCUGCCAAGAGCUCCAAGGCUCCCGUUGGAAACAAGAUGUUCAUAAAGGGUGCACCCGAGGGUGUGAUUGACAGGUGCACAUAUGUCCGUGUGGGCACCACCCGCGUGCCACUGACUGGCCCAGUAAAGGACAAGAUCAUGGCCGUCAUCAAGGAGUGGGGUACUGGCCGUGACACUCUGAGGUGUUUGGCUCUGGCCACCCGUGACGCCCCCCCGAAGAGGGAUGAGAUGAACCUGGAGGACUCCACCAGGUUUGCUGAGUAUGAGACUGACCUGACCUUUGUGGGCUGCGUGGGCAUGCUCGAUCCUCCUCGCAAGGAGGUCACAGGCUCCAUUGAGCUGUGCAGGGACGCUGGCAUCCGCGUAAUCAUGAUCACCGGUGACAACAAAGGUACUGCUGUUGCCAUCUGCCGCCGCAUCGGUAUCUUCCAUGAGGAUGAGGACGUGACAGGCCGCGCCUUCACCGGACGCGAGUUUGAUGACCUGGCAGUGACUGACCAGCGGGAGGCUGUGCGCCAGGCCUGCUGCUUCGCCCGUGUUGAACCCUCUCACAAGAGCAAGAUUGUGGAGUAUCUACAGAGCUACGAUGAGAUCACGGCCAUGACAGGUGAUGGUGUGAAUGAUGCCCCCGCCUUGAAGAAGGCUGAGAUCGGCAUCGCCAUGGGCUCUGGCACGGCCGUUGCCAAGUCCGCAUCGGAGAUGGUCCUGGCUGAUGACAACUUCUCCUCCAUCGUGGCUGCUGUUGAGGAGGGCAGAGCCAUCUACAACAACAUGAAGCAGUUCAUUCGUUACCUCAUCUCCUCCAAUGUGGGUGAGGUCGUAUGUAUCUUCCUGACGGCCGCCCUGGGUCUGCCCGAGGCCCUGAUCCCUGUGCAGCUGCUGUGGGUGAACCUGGUGACUGAUGGCCUGCCUGCCACUGCCCUGGGCUUCAAUCCUCCUGACCUGGACAUCAUGGGCAAGCCACCACGCUCACCCAAGGAGCCCCUCAUCUCCGGCUGGCUCUUCUUCAGAUACCUGACCAUCGGAGGCUAUGUGGGAGCUGCUACGGUCGCUGCAGCUGCCUGGUGGUUCCUGUAUUCUGACGAAGGUCCCAUGGUCACCUACCAUCAGCUGUCCCACUUCAUGCAGUGCACCCCAGAGAAUGAGAUCUUCCAUGGCAUUGACUGCGAGGUGUUUGAGGCUGCAGAGCCCAUGACCAUGGCCUUGUCUGUGCUGGUCACCAUCGAAAUGUGCAACGCCCUCAACAGCUUGUCUGAGAACCAGUCCCUAGUGCGCAUGCCCCCAUGGAGCAACGGCUGGCUGAUGGGAGCUAUGACCCUCUCCAUGUCCCUCCACUUCAUCAUCAUUUACGUGGACCCCCUGCCUAUGGUCUUCAAGCUGACCCACUUGAACGUCACUGAGUGGUUGAUGGUGCUUAAGCUGUCCUUCCCAGUCAUCCUGAUUGAUGAAGUGCUGAAGUUCGUUGCCCGCAACUACCUGGAAGCCUAAUCCUGUUUCCCUCCUUCCAUUUCCCCGUAACAAAGCAAGAGAAAGAUGAGAAUCUACUGGCAAAGAAGUGGAACUGAGAGCAGGAGGAAGAGGAGGAACAGAGAGAAAUGAGGGAGACGGCGCCCAGCCGGUCACUGGAAGAGCAAGGAACAACCCCAACAUGGACACUGAGAAAUCAAGCUAAAGACACGAAAACAAAAACUUAAAAAAAAAAAAAAUAAAUAAAAAAAUAUAAAUAAUUCUGUAUAUGGAAUGAGCUGCAGUUAAUAUAUAGGUUAAAGUUAUGAACAGUAUAUUCUAAUAACAAUCAUUUUAUUCUUUAAAAAUAAAAAUGUGUUUUAAAGAGAAA